UAGGUGGGUCCUCAUUCGACUUUUGUACAUCAGAUCAAAUUAGUUCGAAUUAGUCCAACUUGUUGCACCUUAUUGCUGUUCUUCAAAAAUUCUUCUACCAUAUUUUUCUACCUUAUUGAAGAGACCUCUUAUAUUAUAGUAGUAUAUCAAGUAUCUUUGAGUUAGAAUAAGAUGAGGUUCGAGAUAGCGAGUGCAUCAGAAUACUUAGUAGUAACCGGGGUUGGAAUCACGGAUAUAAAGCUAGCGAAGAAGGCUUGGAUUUUACCAGGGCAGUCAUGCACCAAAUUCGACAUCUCACCGGUCAACUACACCUUCGAGGUACAAGCCAUGAGUUCGGAAAAGCUGCCUUUUAUCCUUCCUGCAGUGUUUACCAUUGGGCCUAGGGUCGACGAUGAUGAUAGCCUUAUCAAGUAUGCCAAGCUUAUUGCUCCUCAUGACAAGCGCUCCCACCAUGUGGAGGAGCUUGUCCAAGGUGUGAUCGAGGGUGAAACACGAGUACUUGUUGCCUCCAUGACCAUGGAGGAGGUUUUUAGUGGUGCGAAGAAGUUUAAGGAGGAAGUCUUUGAAAAGGUGCAGCUUGAGCUUAAUCAAUUUGGACUGCUAAUUUAUAAUGCAAAUAUCAAACAAUUGGUAGAUAUUCCUGGCCAUGAAUACUUUUCUUAUUUGGGGCAAAAGACCCAAAUGGAGGCUGCCAAUCAGGCCAAGAUCGAUGUUGCAGAAGCUAGGAAGAAGGGGGAGAUAGGAUCAAAGCUGAGAGACGGAGAAACGCUGCAAAAUGCGUCGAAAAUUGAUGCAGAAACGAAGAUAAUAUCAGUGCAAAGAAGUGGAGGAGCAAAGAAAGAGGAGAUAAAAGUGAAGGCAGAGGUGCAAAUAUAUGAAUUUGAAAGAUUGGCUGAGGUGGCAGAAGCAAAUGCUGAGUUGGCAACAAAAAAGGCUAGUUGGACUAAAGAAACACAGGUUGCUGAGGUGGAAGCUGAGAAAGCAGUCAAACUUAGAGAAGCAGAGUUGCAAACAGAGGUUGAGAGGAUGAAUGCUUUGACUCAAACUGAAAAAUUGAAGGCUGAAUUUUUGAGUAAAGCUAGUGUUGAGUAUGAAACUAAGGCACAAGAAGCAAACUGGGAGUUAUACCAACAACAAAAAGGAGCAGAAGCAACUCUAUUCAAGAAAGAAAAGGAGGCUGAAGCCCAAAAAAAACUUGCCGAAGCAGCAUUUUACUCCCGUCAACAAGCAGCUGAUGCCGAACUUUAUGCAAAGCAAAAAGAGGCAGAAGGUAUACUAGCACUUGCACAAGCACAAGGCACAUAUGUACGUACCUUACUAGAGGCACUUGGGGGCAACUACGUCGCACUAAGGGACUAUAUGAUGAUUAACAACGGCAUGUUUCAAGACAUUGCUAAAAUUAAUGCCGAAGGUAUUAAGGGCUUGCAGCCUACGAUUAGUGUAUGGACAAAUGGAGGUAAUGUUGGCGAGGGUUCGGCUGGUGGCACCGCAAUGGCUGAGGUCGCAAAUAUUUAUCGGACUUUGCCACCUUUAUUCAAGACAGUUCAAGAACAAACUGGGAUGCUUCCGCCUGCAUGGUUGGCCUCACUUAAGGACAAUAAUUGAGGUUUUACCUCAAUUUUCCAUGUAUGAAUGCAAGCUAUUGUAAAUUCAAUUUGUUUGAUGAUUUUUAUUGUUAUUUGCACCCAAAAAAUAAAAAUAAAAAAAAAAAUGAUUUUGAUUGUUAUGACAAAGAUGGGCUGGACUUGCACUUUUGGAUAAGGCCCAUAAAGGUGGGGUUGGGCUGUUUAAUUGUGUAGGGGUUUGCAGUUAUCCUAUUUCUAGGCGGUAUAAAAGUCCUUGUCCCCUAAGUUUUGUCUCCUAAAUUUUUUUGAGGAGAGUUUUGUCUCCUAUAUAAACGUGUGAUGAUGUCAAACACGGUUAUAAAAAAUCACAAAUUACAAAUCACAAUAAGCGGCGAACUACUCUUAAUUCAAUAAACUCAAGAAACUCUAAUAGGUACGGCAUUGGUUUCUUUUCGUUGUUGGUUUGGUGUGGUUGCUAGAUCUCUUUCCAUGAAUUGUUUUUGUUGUUCAUAUUCUUAAUUUCUGUUUCGUAAUUCAAUUAUACUUGUCUUAGGUUUUUUUUUCUCGAAUUUUUAUUGUUAAUAUUAUCAAUUAGUUAAAAGUUGUGUUGAUAUAUUUCAUAAAAAAAUUUAAAAUAUUACGGAUCAAUAAGUUGUGUUAGAGAAUUAGAAGCAAUUAAAUCCAUGAGAAAUUGUAGACUUUAAAGAGUUUAUUGAAUUGCUGUUAAUGGUGAGUUUUUUUUUUAAUCGAUUUUUUUAAAAAAAUAUUAUCAAUUAAUUUUGAUAGAAUAUACGGUAGAUAAACUAGUAAUUCUGUUAUAGUAGGAGAUAUAUUUUGGGAAUAUUUAUAAAAUAUUUUGAGAUUUUCUAACGUGAUUUGCUUCUUGUCUUGCGCUAUAUGAAGAGUUGUCUAAAAUAUGAUGACCGGCGUCUCCGUACUAGGAUUGCUAAGCGUUGGUCCAACGGAGAUUGCUAUCGUACUAUUAGUUUCGUAGUUUAUAAAUAUGUUGGUAACACAACUAAGUCAUGCGAGAAGGUAUGCACCAUAAAAAAUAAAGAGUCAUGGAAGCAGGUUGAGGAUCUGGGUGAACAUUUGUUAUUUCUUGGUGAUAAUAUUGCCAUUGCUCUUCAUAUAUCAAAGGCUCCUAAUUGCCACCAAAAUACUAUCUACUUCAUUGAUGAUGAAACUAAUCAUUGGAAAUAUCGUAUCGAAACAAAAGUCCGUGGCCGCGAUAUGGGUAUGUUUGACAUGGCGACGGAAAAAAAUUCAACCAUUUUAUCAUAGAGGCACUGGUAUAAUAACAACUGAUAUAAUUUUUCAGUAUUCUUCUCCUAUAUGGUUUAUGCCCAAGUUUUAGAUUUAACAUGUUUUCUUAGUUUAUGCCCAAAUAUAAAGAUCCUUCAAUUCAAGGCUUCAACGAUUUCCCAUGUUAGACUUACUUUAGUAUAAAUAUGAAUGUCGUCUUCCAAUGUAAAUCAUCAAACAUUCAAUGAUAAUAUCGU